GCAAUGAUUUAUGCAGUCACUCUAAUGAAAAUAAAAACAGUAUUAAAACUUAAGAUCCGUGAAUACAAUUUAGCCUAAACCGUGAACCAGACAAUGAACUUUGGUAUAGUUCACACAAAUCAAUUUCAAUGGAAUUUAACUUUAACCAUGACUUCAAUUCAUCCUUAGACUUAAAAUAUACAUUUUUUUGAACAAAACUUAAAAUAUACAUAUUUGGUUAAAUAAUUGUAAUUAUGACUAUACUUAUGUACGUGAAAAAUGUAUUUCCAAUGAAAGAUGACGUUACAAGCAAUUAAAACUUGAUCACCAUUUACAUUUUUUUAUAUAAUAACCAUUUUUGUCUUUUAAUGUAGUACUUAAAUUCCAAUGAACGAUGGUGUUUCACAUAUUGAAUUCAUAGGAUAUCAAUACUUGUUAUAGUCGAAUGUUACGUUUGUUAAGAGAUUGAGAAUAAAUUAUGAGUCCACUAAACAAUAUCUUAUGAAAAAAAAAACAUUUUUUCUGCAACGUACUUUACACCUAUGAUUUUCUAAAACGUUUCAAGUAUUGUAUGAUUUUUGGUAAACAAUACUUGCUUGAAUUUUAUUGAUACGGUGUUAUGUUGAACAUGAGAAAUUCAUAUUAUACAUGAAAUAUGGUUAGUGGCUAAGGAUGCUUGGAAACGCCUUCCAAAACCUCGUAAGAUGAAGAAUAUAUGUUCGUAAAAUUAUUGUGCCUAUUAAUAGCUUAUAUAUAUGUGUACAAUAGUUGGACUUUAUAUAUUAUACAAAUGGGAUAUUUUGUAAAUACUCUAGUACAGAAUGGUCAUUUAAUUAGUUAGGCUAAGAAGCAUUGUGGACAUGACACCUCAACAAAUGACAUAAUGUAAAUAAGUAUCAAAAUAAAUGUUACUCUUUGAAUUUGCUUCUCUAUUAAUAAAAAAGGAAUAUGCUGACAAAAAAACACUCAUCAUAUCUCCAGCUUUGACGCAUGUGAUGGAAACUUAAAAUCAAUACUAAAUUUAGACAAAUUAAACAAAGAUAAAUUGACUAUUUUUAGUUAUUUGACAGAUGAUUUUAAUAUCCUACAACAUUUUAUUUUAAAUGCUUAGUAAGAUUUCCUCAAUUAGUAAAGCAUUUGAGUAGUGUUUUGGUAUGUCAAAAGUUAAAAUUGAUACAAAGAAGUUUAAAAGGAAAAAAUAAUAAAAAUAUAAGAAAUAAAUAGUGUAAAAUAAAUAGUGUAAAGUAAAUAACCACUUUUGGUUCAGAUAACAUUUUUUUUACAAAAUGUAUUUGUCUAGAUACCAUAACAACAAGCAUUUGAAAAUCAUCUUUAUUAUUGAUAUUAAAAUUUGUAUAUUACAUAAAAAGAACUUUUGUAAAUAUGUGCAUUAGAGGGAAAAAAAUUGUUUAGUUUUGAUUAACAUUUUGAAGUUGCUUACUAAUAAAAGUUGAAAAUAAUCAUUUUCAGACCACUAUUCUGAACCACCUUUUUUUGAAACAACUUCUGAACCUAUAAAUGUAUUUUUGUUCAAAACUCAAAGGUAAUAGUUAAUGAAAAGGGCAAAACAAAGCUAAGAAUUAUUUCAAGAGUUAAAGCACUAUCAUCAUCACCAAACCAAAAGUUUGAAAGCUUUCAAAAGCAUAUAAAUACAUAACUCUCGAAAGUGUUGAUAUCAUUGGUUCACUCAUAGCCACCAUCUUCUCUCUUGUAUCUCCUUGUUUUCUCCUCUAAUCAUCACAUUUUCAUAAUGGUUUCAAGAAGAAAAUCUGAUCUACUUUCAAAUUUACCUGAUUGCCUUCUUGUUACAAUCAUAUCUCUCUUGCCUUUCAAACAAUCUGUUCAGACAAGUAUUCUCGCCAGACGAUGGAAGAAUCUUUGUCUUGAAACAACAAACCUCGUAUUCAAAGAAUCUGAGUUUGUGAACCUAUCUACUGAUACAGAAACCAUAAAGUCUAAGAGGAGUUUGUUUGUUAGCACUAUGUGUCAAUGGAUCUCUAGCUUUACUGGUGAAGUCAUUGAAAGUUUAGAGUUUUCUCUUUCUGAACCAGUGUCUUUCGAGAAAGCGAUCGUAUCUCUAACAGAAUUUGCAGCCUCAAAACAAAUAAAAAAUAUAACUAUUGAUUUCUCAAGCCCUGCCUCAAGAAAAAUUGAUGUAAUAGAGCAUUUGGUCACGUUGAUGCAUUAUCAAAAUACUGAAUUCGAUAUUACUCGUAUAUUUUUCAAUCUGAUACAUGUUAGGAACCUGACGAUCUGCUCUUUUCUUAUUCAGAUGAUCCAAGAAUGUGAAGAUCCUAUGGAAAUGCAUGAUGCGAUGGAAGCACGACAUUUGGUGAUGAAGACUAAUCUGCAUGCAAAUGAGUUCGUGGGCAUUAAAAUAUUUCUCAAUAGCUGUCCAGAACUGGAAUCUCUCACGUUCCAUAUGGAUACUACUGAGCGUAUCGUAAGAGUUUCGAUGCCAUUAGAUCCGAAAGCGUUUUGGCUCACCAACGAUACGUAUGAGUGUUUGGAAAGGACCCUUAAACUUGUGAAAAUAAAAAACUUUCGUGGCGGCCCCAACGAGUUACAUGUUCUGAAGUACCUGAUGAGAAGGGGACUCGUGAUGGAACAGCUUGACCUUUAUGAGGCAAAGGGAUUAAACGAUGGUCAAAGGAGGUUGGUACUGACUGCAGCCGAGGAGGUUCAGAAGAAUGUCGAGAGAGGUUCGAAGCAUUUGAGAAUUACUUUGCACAAGGCUUGAUUGAAGCAUUUUAGAGUUUUUUUAGUGAAAACUGGAAACUGAUCUUUGCUAGUUAUGCCUAUAAGUUUUUUUUUUCUUUGACGACGCCUAUAAGUUAAUAUUAAGGGUGGAUAUCUCAAUGUUUUAUUUGGAUAUGAAAAAUUAGUUUGCUUGGUUCGAAGAUUUAAUUGUUGUAGUUUUUGGUUUGGUUAGGUUUGAAUUUCAGAAACCUUAUCUUUAAUAAUAUAAAUUUGAAAUUUUAUGUUAAAAAAGUAAAUAUAAAUUUCAAAUUUUAUAGUAAAAGUAAAAUUUUAACACGUUUUAAUUAAGCAAUUUAUAAUAAAAUAUAUGUUCAAAUAUACAAAAAAAAAAUUGAAUUCACUAAAGAUAUGAAUGGUGACCAAGGAACGACAAUGAAUAAUCUAUUCCCUAAUGUUCCUAAAAAAAUCACCAUUCAUAAGGGAUAAUUUUUCCUUCUUUCCACCAUUCAUUUUUUGUAAAGAAAUAAAGAACAAAAUUAUUUCUUAUCAAAUUUAAAUGGAACAACCAUUCCUUUUUGUUCCUAGAAUUUAAUUCAUUUACAUUCAUUUCCUAUUCGUUCCUCUUGUUUCCAGAAUGGUCACCAGUCGGAUCCUAAGUUUACCAUAUAUUUCUAAGGUCCUUGUAUUGUCUUGGCAAUAAAUAUAUGCCUUAGUUGUAAGUGUUUAAAUUGGUUUCUCUUGAUAUCAGGUCAAAUCCCAUUCCAAGAUUAUCGAAUCACAUGUUUCUCCUAUUGAAUCCAAUUCAUAUUGUUUCUUUCUCAUCAUCUAUACAAAUAUUGUUGGAUCUCUCAUUACAGCUAUACAAGCAAACAAUUUGUUGUAGAUAAACAAAUAUACUAUGUAUACUACUAAGGCAUAUAUUUAUUGCCAAGACAUAUAUUUAUUGCCAAGACACCCUUGUUACAUUUUCUGAAAUAUUCAUUCAAAAGUAACAAGGGUGAACAAUGCCGAUUAAUAUUCUAUCCUAAUGGCUUUCUCCAUCAUUCAUGGUUGAUCACCUUUUCUUCCUAGGGUUAAGGUUGCUUGUCAAGUAACCUUCUUUUUGGUAAAAAGAAAGAAACCCUUUGUUUGCCUCUUUUUGUUUUGUUUUUUGUGAUCGUUUAUUUUCUUCCGUACGAAACCCUUAUUUUGUCCCUUUUUAAUGAUGUCGUCUCAGAGAACACUAUAGUAGCUGAUAACAGUUUGGUAAACUUGGUGCUCAUUAUGCGUGGAGGAUAACAAUGUUAAUUGGUUCUCUUUCUUGUCCUCUUUUGCGCUCAAUAACACAUAGAUAACUCUUCUUGGAAUUUAUUGUUCAAAGCAUCUCCAAGCUUUCUCAUAUGUCCAGGUUUACGCCUCAAUUCUUUAAACCAUGCAUUUAGGACAGUAGUUCGGCUGUUGACUCACUUGAGCCAUUGCCUAAAUGGGCUUGGCUUCAAAGCCUUCAAAGUGAGGGGCUUAAGAAAUAAGGGGCUUAACAAGGGAUAGGG